UACUUAAAAGGGUACUCAUCACCAAGCCAGAAGUCAGUUGAGUUUCGUCGGUUGAAAGCGAAAGAGUGUUCGGAUUGUUACAGACUCCCAAAUUAGUUGCAAUGGCAUUCUGGAAAUAUCAAAUACUAGCGGUGAUGAUUGUUUUCACCAUCGGGGAGGUGCUGAUGGCUGAUGUACCGAUUCCAGGAGGACCACAAGUGAUUCCCGUAGCGGACCUCAAAAAGGAUGAACACGUUAAGCGAGUGGCCGGCAUUUUUACCGCAUCGAGUGGUCAUAAACCGACGAAUCCCGAAAUCCUCAGCGGUGUCAAACAGACGGUCCAAGGAGUGAAAUACGUUUAUACCGUUUCGUUUAAGGUCAACGAUGUGGCUAAAAAGUGUAAAGUUUCGGUGUUGGAGCGACCCUGGCUGGCGCAGACUAAGCCCAAAGAAGCGUAUGUUUAUGAGAAUAAAUGUUAAAAACGAUGAAAACGGCUCUUGUGCUACCUCUACCUAUCAGUUAUUGUGUGCUUGAAUACCACCGUGAAAGUGUCCAACAAAUGGUCAAUGAAUAUGCAGCAUUACUGAAAAUGAAUUGUGAGUUUUAAUUUUUAUUUUCUGUGAUCUGCUGUUUCUA